GACUAGCUGACAACUUUUCUGAGAAGAGACCAUUUUGUAUUAGAGGAAGCAGUAUCUCUCUUGGAUGUCCUAACAACACAGUUCUAAAUUAAAAAAAACGCCAGGUCUUAAACAGAAGAACCUGGGUUUUAAGCAAGGAAUUACUGGACAGGCUGGAGGUGCUCACACGCAGGGACCGAAUGGCUGUUUCAUCGCUAGUACUGCUAUGAACGAUCUCUAACUGCCUAGAGGAGAAAACUUACAAUGGAUUUGCGAAACAUUCCCCACCGUUCAGACGUGCUUGCGUGGAACCCAGAUGACUUAGCAGAAUAUUUUAGGACGCUGAAGUAUAAGGACUGUGAGAAAGUCGUCAGAAAGCACAGCAUAAAUGGACAAAGGUUUUUGAACAUGUCUGAAAAUGAUAUUCAGAAAUUUCCCAAACUCAGAGUGCCAAUUGUAAGUAAAUUAAGUCAAGAAAUCAACAGAAAUGAAGGCAGGCUAUCUUUCUUUCCAAAAUGGGCCCAAACACAAAAAUGUCCUGACAAUCCAGGAUACGGUCAAGAAGACGGUGGCUGGUCUUCAUUUGAUGAAGAUGAUGACUACGAAAGCCCGGAUGAUGACCAGGAAAAGGAAGAUGAGGCUGACUAUGAAUCACCAACAGAAGAACCUGAGGAAGCAGAACAUGACAGUGAUGGCUAUGAGCCGCCUCCAUCCAAUAACGAUGAAGCACACCACAACGUCAUAUUUCCUGCCAAGUCACUUGCAAACAACACAGAUUAUAUAGACAGACCUCCAACAAGUAGAUCAUCACAUCAGCCUCCAGUACCACCCCAGCGACCUGGCCUGUGCCCAGCACCAGCCUCAUUUGGGGGAAGAUGUGCUUCUCUGCCAGCUUUUCCUCCUCCACCAAGCAACAAUGACUUGAGUAGAGACAGAAAUAUCAAGCCUUUGAAACCCCCCGCUCCUUCUAUAGACAGAAGCACGAAACCCCCACUGGAUCGCCUUGCUCCACCAUUUGAAAGAGAAAGCCCAGUGUCAGGGAGGAAGCCAGGCUUUCCUGAAAAGCCUCUGACUUCGCAGCUAAGGUCCCUGGGGGAACAGCUAGCAAUGAUGCCAAAACCUCCUGUCCCACCAAGUGACAGAUACGAAAGAGGCAAUCCACCUCCUCUAAGGAAGCAAACCCCUGUAAAGCAGAGUUGGCCACCACACAAAAAAAAUGAAGAAGAAGACGACACCGCACCCCAAAGACCAGUGCCACAGAUAUCUUUGCCCCCGUACAGCUCCAACACAUUCCCUUCCAAAUCUGUCAAGCCUCCACCUAAGCCAGGAUCCAGCAGUAUGCCUGCUGUAGAAAGCACUUGUAGAAACCUGUCUUCAAGCGGCUCACUACCACCACGCUUACAUCCAGGCAACAACAGCAGAUCUCCUUCAAGAGGUGCAGCUGAUAUAAGACCCCCGUUGCCAAUUCCUAGCAGACAGACCGUUCACCAAACAAACAUGGAGGAAGAUGAGGACUCGCUAAAUGAGGAAUGGUACGUUGCUUAUGUAAGCCGGCCAGAAGCAGAAGCAGCUCUUCGAAAAAUAAACAAGGAUGGAACUUUCUUGGUAAGAGACAGCUCAAGAAAAACUGCUACUCAUCCAUAUGUACUGAUGGUGCUGUACAGAGAUAAAGUAUACAACAUCCAGAUUCGCUACCAGGAGGAAAAUCACAUAUAUUUGUUAGGAACCGGCUUAAAAGGAAAAGAGGAUUUUUCUUCUGUAGCAGAUAUCAUUGAUUACUUCCAAAGAACACCUCUUCUUCUCAUUGAUGGAAAAGACAGAGGUUCAAGAAACCAGUGCAUAUUAAAGUAUGCUGCAGGACAUAUUUAAAUGAGACCUUAAUGAAGAUCACGUACCGUACUGAAGCCUAGUGAAGUUUGUAAACUUUUUCAGCAAAGUAAAAUGAAGUAAUUAAAAAUCCUUUUAAUUUUAAGGAAAACGGACAAUGUUAUUUUUAAAUUAUGCCUUAAAUGCAGUACUCUAUAAAUCUCAUUUUCCUACAAUGUCUUCAUUACUGUCCACUAAUCAUACAGUACAUGAGAAUUUUUUAUCUUCCAACACAUAUGUAUCUUCUUGAAAUGAUUUCUGCACCAAAUUAAAGGACCCAUAAAUAAAUAACAAUAUAAGUCUCUGCUUUCAUAGGAGGGGGAAAAAAAAGAAGUUUUUCAGACCAGAACUGCAGCAGCCAUUAUGUUAUUUAAAGUGAUACAGAGCAGACCCAAACCUUGUCAAAGUUGAGAAGCAGACAAAAGACAAUAAAAGCCUAUUUUUUCCCCACAAUACACUUCCCAAUAAAUCUAACUAUGGCCACUUCUAUGAGAAGAUUGGGACUGCAGCCUGGAUCCUGAAGAUACCUCGGUUUCAGUGACACCAAAAAAACCCCAACCCUGGAUAUGCAGCUGCCUGGCAAGAUCUAUGUCUGUGUUACUCAGCUGAAACUGCCUUUGUUCACAGCUUUCUAGAAAAAUAAAAUGUCUACAGAUAUUAUGUUGUCUCUGCCGUACCACUGAUGAGUCACUGAUGGCAUGUCUUAGCCCACAAACUGGAAUUAUGUAUCUCCUGGCAUCCUCCAACCUCACUCAGAAACAAGCUGUUCUCCGGUAACACAGAACUCUCUUCACCUGUAUCUUUCUCACUCUCAAUUAAGCAACUACUUUUUUAUAGGAGACACAUCAACAAGUUUAUCAUCAUGUGAUUCUUAAUUGGUAGAACACAGCUAAAUCUCUUAGAAAGCAGACAGACAUAAUCAGGCUGA